GUCUCGCGAUGGCCGGGAAAAGACUCGUGGAGACGACCCGUCCCGAGGAGGAGGAGGGCGACCCGGGGCGCCUGCGCAGUAGCGGAGACGAGCGGGGGACGGUGCGCCUGCGCAAUAUGGAGGAGCAGCCUCGCGGUGCAGCAGUGCCGGGCUCCCGCCGGGGCUCCCUGCUCGGGGUGGUCCUGGUCCCGUCUCGCCGCCCCUCGCUGGCUGCCGCCCUGGGGUCCGGGCCUCGGCGCUCCUCGUUGGGCCUGGCGCUCUCCUCGCUCCCGGGGGCCCGUGCACGGAGGGCCCCGGCGCCGGCCUUGGGGGCGUGGCUAGGCCCAGGCCCCGCCCCCAGCGCGCGCUGGGAGGCGGAGCACAUGCAGCGCGCCUUGGAGGCCGUGCUGAGCGGGGCGCUGAACGGCGCGCGCUACUCGGCGGGCGGGGCCGGGGCGCUGACGCGUAGCCUCUGCGAGCUGGUGCGCAGGCGCGUGCGUGAGCUUCUGCCGCCGCGCUACAAGCUGGUGUGCACCGUGGUGGUUGGGCAGCGCGCGGGCCAGGGCGUGCGCGUGGCGAGCCGCGCGCUCUGGGACGCUGCCAGCGACGGGCACGCCUCCGCGUCCGUGUGCGCCGGCGGACUCUUCGCCGUGGCUGUGGUGCACGGCGUCUACUGCGAGUGA